CACCUCUUACUUACACAUAAAACCACAAGCAGGAGGAUAUUUUCUCAUUUACAGCUCUGCUUAGACUGAUCAUCACCUCCUGGAGCUGAAACUGCAGCCAUGAUCGUCCGUCCUCGUUCUCUCCUCCUGGGUCUGCUGGUCAUCCUCUACCUUCAGUCCUGUGCAGUGGGACAGAAUGGAAAAGCACCAAAGGAAUGCUGUUUCAGUUUCUAUCCCAGACCAAUCCCUGUAGCUUUCAUUAGGGAGUACGAAGAAUCUGACCCCAACUGUCCAAAAGUUGGAGUGGUUUUUACCACCAGGAGGGGGUAUCGUGUGUGUGUGGACCCCAGCUUUAAUUGGGUGAAGGAGAUCAUGGACGAUAUUGAUCGCCAAAUUGUGGAAGGUUCAACCUGAACUCGGCUAAGUUAAAUCUUCCCUCUAUUUAAGGGAUAAUCAACUCCUUUUAAUAUUCCAGCUCUUUAUUACUACAGCAGUGUACUCUUCUCUGGUUUGGCUGUUCUGUUUUUUAUUAAGUUACCUUUGAACAUUAAGUACAGACUGGAGGAAUGUGGAAUAUAUCAGAAUAUAAUAAGCAAAUUGAAUGUAAUGAGUGUCUUUAAUGUCUAUUUAAAGUAUAUUUUACAUCAGAAUGAUUUCCUUUCACACUUUAAAUAUACACAGAGCAUUUACAGAUAUUUGUACUGAAGUCUGUAAUCGGUGCCUGCACAAAUGUAA